GGGCCGGGCGCGUGCCCGACGCCACUGCGCACGAGCGCUCAGGAGGCAGGCCGCGCUGUUUUUCUCACUCCGACGGAGCCCGAGCGCGGCCAUCAAAACACGGCAAAGGAGAAGCCCCGAGAGCGGCGGAGCCGCGGAGGUGCAGUAGCCUUGAACAUCUUUGAGCUGCGAAGGACAACGGUUUCCCUGGACAGGACUUUACUGAGAGCGGUGUGCUACUUGGCUGCGAUGUGGAACCUGAACACCAGGAUCCGUCGGAGAUCACAGCAUCUGGACGGUCCCCGGUAACCCCGCUCCCCCCCACACCGUCGGAGCCUCUGGUCGGCUGCUGUCGGGGCUUGCUAAAGCACCACUCCGCUCUCUCUGGCACGCGACUGACGCCGAGCACUUCAGCCUUUGCCACGUCAACAAACCGGUCAGGCACAUAGUACAAACCGGACUGGCUUUAUCGGAGGUACAUCUACAAAUGUCUACCUCACGAUUAAAGGGCCCUCUAGUUCCACUGCAACCCUGAACAAGUUACAAAAAAAAAUGACCUCCAGCAUUGACCGGGAUGACUGUAGCAUUUUUGAUGGUCUGAUGGAAGAAGAUGAGAAGGACAAAGCAAAACGUGUGUCCAGGAACAAGUCAGAGAAGAAGAGGCGAGAUCAGUUCAAUGUGCUCAUCAAGGAGCUGGGCACCAUGUUGCCAGGGAACACCCGCAAGAUGGACAAGAGCACCAUCCUGCAGAAGAGCAUCGACUUCCUGCGGAAGCACAAAGAAAUUGCUGCCCAGUCGGAGUCCAGUGAGAUACGGCAGGACUGGAAGCCCCCAUUUCUCAGCAACGAGGAAUUUACGCAGCUCAUGCUGGAGGCCCUUGAUGGCUUCUUCUUGGCAAUAAUGACAGAUGGGAAUAUUAUCUACGUAUCCGAGAGCGUUACCUCUUUACUUGAACAUUUACCUUGUGACCUUGUGGAUCAGAACCUGUUGAACUUCCUGCCCCUGGGCGAGCACUCGGAGGUGUACAAAGUCCUGUCCACACAGACUCUGGAGGGUGAGAGUCUCACCCCAGAGUAUCUGAAAACGAAAAACCAGUUGGAGUUCUGCUGUCACAUGCUCCGCGGGGCCAUGGACCCCAAGGAGCCGCCCGUGUACGAGUAUGUCAAGUUCAUAGGAAACUUCAAAUCCCUGAAUAACGUGCCUAAUUCUACCCGAAAUGGAUUAGAGGGAGUGAUCCAGCGAUCUCUCCGGCCAGCCUUUGACGACAGGGUGUGCUUCAUCGCCACCGUAAGGCUAGCCAAGCCACAGUUCAUCAAGGAGAUGUGCACCGUAGAGGAGCCCAAUGAGGAGUUCACCUCCCGGCACAGUUUGGAGUGGAAGUUCCUCUUCCUGGACCACAGGGCUCCCCCCAUUAUUGGAUACUUGCCGUUUGAGGUUUUGGGCACUUCUGGCUAUGAUUACUACCACGUGGAUGACCUGGAGACGCUUGCCAAGUGCCACGAGCACCUGAUGCAGUAUGGGAAGGGGAAGUCGUGCUACUACAGGUUUCUCACCAAGGGCCAGCAGUGGAUCUGGCUGCAGACGCACUAUUACAUCACCUACCACCAGUGGAACUCCAGGCCGGAGUUCAUUGUCUGUACCCACACCGUGGUCAGCUAUGCAGAGGUCAGGGCUGAGCAGCGGCGAGAGCUGGGCAUCGAGGAGUCGCCCCCUGAGAUGGCCCCAGAUAAGCUGAGUCAGGACUCGGGCUCUGAAUCGCAGCUGAACACCUCCAGCCUGAAGGAGGCACUGGAGCGCUUCGACCACAGCCGGACACCUUCAGCAUCCUCGCGCAGCUCCCGCAAGUCAUCCUCCCACACUGCCGUGUCGGACCCCGCCUCAACCCAAACCAAACUGCAGACGGACAGGAGCACACCACCCAGGCAAUCUGUCGCCAUGGAGAUCACCUCACAGCGAAGGUCAUCUGUUAGCAGCCAGCAAUCAAUGAGCUCCCAGAACACAGGGCAGAACCUGCCGUCAGCAAUGGUUACACCCCCACAGCAGUCCCCGAUCCAGCCUGGAGUGCAGCCCGCACUGCAGUUCUCCGCUCAGCUGGGCGCCAUGCAGCACCUGAAGGACCAGCUGGAGCAGAGGACACGCAUGAUCGAGGCCAACAUCCAGAGGCAGCAGGAGGAGCUUCGCAAGAUCCAGGAGCAACUGCACAUGGUGCAGGGCCAGGGCCUGCAGAUGUUCCUCCAGCAGCCCACGGGCAGCCUGAGCUUCGGUUCCGUGCAGCUAGCCCCAGGCACUCCUGGGUCAGGCACAAUGGCCCAGGGCGGGGCUCUCACCAUGCAGGGCCAAGUCCUCCCGGCCAGCCCACUGCAGUGUGUCGGGCAGCGGCUCAUGCACCAGCAGCAAGCCACACCCACUCAGGCCCCGGCCACUCAGACCACACCCCAGCAAGCCCCACCCACUCAGCAGGCCCUACCACAGCAGGGCCCCUCCCUCUCACAGGCCCAGCGAUCCGGUCACGCCCAGCAGUCGGCCUCCCUCUACAACACCAUGAUGAUCUCCCAGCCCGGCCCGGCCAGUGUGGUCCAGCUCGCCACCAGCCUGGCCCAGAACAGCACCUCCAGCGGCGCCGUGGCCACCUUUGCCCCGGACCGCCAGAUCCGGUUCCCCGCAGGACAGCAGCUGCUGACUAAGCUGGUGACGGCCCCCAUGUGUAGCGCGGUCAUGGUCCCCACCACCAUGUUCAUGGGCCAGGUGGUGACCGCCUACAACGCCUUCGCCCCGCAGCCUGGCCAGCCGCAGACCAUAAGCCUGGCACAGCCGACGCAGCCGGCGCCAGAGCAGCAGGGCCAAGGCCAGGCUGCGCCUGCGCAGGGUGGACAGGCGUCUGCGCAGCUGACUACACAACAGGCUACGCAGUUCCUGCAGGCUCCGCGUCUGCUCCACGGCAACCAGUCUGCGCAGCUGAUCCUGCAAGCGGCCUUCCCGCUUCAGCAGCCCGGCGCCUUCACGCAAGCUCAGCAGCAGCAGCCACAGCAACAGCAGAUCCCCACCCACAGGACUGAUAGUAUGUCCGAUCGCUCCGGGACACAGCCCCAGUAACCGGGGCGACAGCCACACGAGUGCAUGGACUGAACCACAAAUCCAGCUGUAUGGGGGGUAGGUGCUUUUAAGAUGCAGUAUUUAAAGUGUACCUAUUGAGCUCCGCCCCCAUUCACCUCCCCUGCCCCCUGGCCUGUGGGACGGUGGGGCGCAGGCUCGUCCUCGCUGCCGGGAACAGCUGGCUGUUUGCACUGAACUCUGGGAAGAAGGCACUGGCAGUCGCGGGAAGCGGACUCGCUAGCAAUCUGCCCUGUUCAUCUCCCAGAGCUCUUCUCCAUGGUAGCCGCCCUGGAGCCUGCACCACGGAAAGCAGAGAAGCAUCAUGGGGCCUCUUCCCGUCCUUCGCUGACCUGACCUGCUCACCCUUUCCCUCUCUCUCUCUCUCCCUUCUCUCUCUCACCUCUGCUGUCGUCAGGCAGAUUUAAUUUAUGCAGGUCUCUCUAAGCUGUCAGUUUGAGGCCUCCCUGCACCCUUUCUUUUUUGUGUUCAUGUGAAAUAAUUAUGGGUCAGAAAAUAUUUUUAAGAAUGUCAUAUGGAUUCUACUUUAUUGUACAGACGUGUGUAACAUAAUAUGUAAAUACCCAGACUAAAGGAAAGAACUAAUAUUUUAUAUGAUGCAUGAAAAAUAUAAUCUGUUAUUUGUAGCUUUGAAUAUACUUUUUUUUUAAAAAAAAGUACUCUCAGAGAAACCGAGAACUAAACGCUAAAGUUAAUAUUUUCACAGCUUCCCUUCGCUAUUGGUCCGAGCUGGUGUGUCACAGUUUGUUUAAUGGGUUUAACCUCAAUUCUACAAGCCAAUUUUCAAGAGUCUUUUACUCAGAAUUUUAAAAAGUUUGUUCCAAAGAGAGCGAUGCUCUCUCUAAAAAAUAUAUAUAUUAAAAUAGCCGAACAGGAAGAUAUGUGUGUGUGACAGAGUGAGUGAUAUUGCACAGCCACAGGGGGGGAACCACAUGCUUUUGUUAAUUCCCCCCCCCAUGAUGACCAGCUUCUCACGUUAACCACAGAGGGUGGUGUUUACUCCAAAAUGUUGUACAAACCUUUUUCGAACGUUUAAUGAAUGUCAUUUCCAUGUAUCAUGAGGUCUACCAAAGCAUUAUGAGUUCCUCCCUAGCCGAUACGACUGUUUUUCUUGUAUCCUCCUUAGAGUGCCAAGGAAUUGUGCUUCAUUUUUAGCAAGAAAUGAAAGUAAAAUCGGUUGUUUUAUAUUUGUCGAAAUGGUAGCAUCGAAUAAGGACACGGAUGACGUUAGCUUUCCGAUCUAUAGUACUUAACACGAGUCGCAGUCGAUUUUUGGGUCUGUUCUUACAUUUUGUCACUUUCUCCCUUUUUCUGCUGCUGUUCUCUGUUAUUUCCUACACAGUGUCAGACUGAGCUGAUACUCUUGGUCCUCGGGGGCUAAUACUCUUGGUCCUCGGGGGCUAUCCUAAGGACCUCACAGCUGUCUGGACUCUCGGGGAGGAGUGUGACAUUUUUCUGAAACUGAAAGCAAGUGACAUACUUUAUACUGAGUGACAAUCAAGGUUGGCUGUGCUGAAAUUCAACUUUCUGUUUUUAUUUUUCCCCUAAGUGGUUCUCAUGAGGUGAUGGCUUGAUGGGUGUGGCUUCUGUUAGGGCGUGAGUUGUCAGGACAACCAUUUUUCGCACAAACAGCAUGUUGGUUUGCACAUUUACUCGACAUUGUCCGUGUUUCCCGGAUUGCAUGCUGAUUUCUCAAAACACUAAACUUUGCUUCACAGAUUUGUGUUUUUUUUUUUUUUUUUUUUUUAAAAGCUAAGUACGAAUCGUUUCUCAUCACUCUACACCAAGGCUAUUCAACUCACGGUCCUCAGGGGCCAGGCCCUGCUGAUUUUCCAGCCUUCCUUCACCUAUGAGCCAGGUGUGAAGCCUCUGACCAAACAGAAUCAGUAAUUAUUAAACUAACUACCUGGGAGAACUGAAAACAAGGCCUGGAUUUGGAAUCGAGGGCCUAAAUUGAAUAGUCCUGCUCUACACCAUGUGAGAUCAGUUUGUUGGUCCAGGAAAUGUUUUCUUGCUAAUCUGUGACUGCCCACCGCCAGUGGUGUUGCAGUUAAUUCAUGCACAUUAACGUAAGUCUUAGCUAAACGUGAGCUGCUGUGAUUGUAUAUGGCUUGUAGUUCACACUACAUACGGUCUGAGUGAGUCGUGUGGUUUGUCUUCCUAUUUUGAAUGUAAUUUCAGAUGGUUUCCUGGACGGUUUUCUGAUCUGUUUUUUGAAAAUGGACACGUUAAAUACAGCUCCAAAUUUUGGUUCAUGUGGAAUGCAGUAUCUCGGCCAACAUAGAGGAUCCCCAUCUGCAGUUGGAGUUACACUAACAUAUAUAAUACAAUGAUUUGUAUACCUUCAGUGGUUUACAAUGUCCUGAUGUGUCCUGUAAACCGUCAGCGUGAAUUAACUCCCUCAAAAGACCCAAAUCUGAAUCCUUCAGGUUUGCAGGCCGAAUAGAUGUUAAGUCAACUCCACCACAUCUGGUCAAAAAUGUAUGUUAGCUGGUGUGCUACGUCAGCCCACCUGGAAUGUUAGAGUUCCCUACACUUUGUCUAAGGAAGUGAAUCACUUGGGUCCAUAAUGAACUUUAUGGGGCAACAGUGUCCAUAUAAACAGCAGCAGUUAGGGUGGUGGAGAGACCUCAGCAUUGAUGGUGCAGAUUGUUAACAGAACCGCUUGACUUUAGGUCACACACCGCAGCCAGGUGAUGUGGUUCCCAUGGGAAUGGCAAGGAGCAGAGUCAAGAUUCCCUCCUUAAAUGGUAGUGUUCUGUACUUUUUAUGAAUGAAUGAAUGAACGAACGAAUGAAUGAAUGAAUGAAAGCACAAUAAUCAAAUAGAUGGUGCUGGGUUUGUGGGUGUGGAUAUUUCGGUUCGAGGAAUAUAAGACCUAUCAAUCAGUCUGUGAAGGUUAGCCUGGGAUAGUGCUUUGGGUUGUGUGUGCGUGUGAAUGGGAGUGAAAUGCUGUGUGUGAGAGCUGAACAGGGAGUGAUAGCUUCUCUGUGUCUCAGGGAGUGGAUUGUGUUAGACAAGCUUGGUCAUGUAUGAAUAUAAACCCACUGAGUGUCUCUUUCCUGUGAAUGAUCAUGGGUUGUUGGCCAUAUUUUUCAAUUGUACUUUUAACACAGAUUUUAGAAGUUUUGUUACAGUUGAUUUGGUAAUUGCAGUGACUGACAAUCUUUUUUUUUUUUUUUGUUACUUUGAAGUCUUUUGGAUGAAAUGUCUGUUGGUCCCACAACCAGAGAAUGGAUGCAGAAAUGCAUUUAUUUUUUUAAGCAAUUAGACCAGUGAAACCCCUCAAAUGUUAGGCAGGCAUCGCAUGCCUUUCCGCACAACCUUGUGUUGAAUUCAGGUUAUUGCAGUUCAUAUCAAACCAAGAGAGAUCUGGGAGGAAGCCUUCUGGAGUGUACUGCAGGCUCAGGACUGAUUUUAUGGAAGUACCUCUCAUUAUUAAACUGGUGGCUGUGAAAAGCUGUGUGAGAAUUCACUAAUAAUAAGGAGCUGCUUGGUCAUGUCUGGAAGGGGGGAACAAUGUAUUGGUCUCCCCUUAUGGUUUUGCUAUUGUCAAUGCUGCCCCCUGCAGCUGGCACUGUGAUGUUGCGGCCGGGACUUAGGACUCAGUGACUAGUUAUAUAUAGGGUUAUGGUGGCAUUUGUGACCAAUUGUGUUUUGAUAGUUAGGUUAGGCUCAGGGACAGGUUGCUUAGGGGAGACAGAGCGAGUCUCAAUAAACUGUUAUAAGUCCGAAGGUUGGAACUUCCAGUACUUCAGCAGAAGUCAUUUUUUGUGUGUGUAAUUGUCCAUGUUUGAUCCAAUUAUAUUUCAAAUGCAAGCUAAAUACAAUUAGAUUUUAAUGCAUUGCCUUUUAACUGUAUAGUAAAAUAUUUAAUAUAAAUGAGAGCUUAAAUAAUGAUGGUUUGAUUUAUACUGAAUGUACAGUAUGGAUCCUUGGAUGAAUGGAAUUGCACUGAGGUUUAUUUUAAGAUGUUUAUAUAUAUGUAUGUCUGACAUAACUAAACAUCAAAAUACAAACACACAAAGGUACAAGUAUUUUUUUGAAAUAUUUUUUUAAAUGGCUAAGCCAGCAUUUUAAAAAUUAAAAUUUAUAUGGAUAGAGUACAGAUGUUAAGCUUGCUGUAGGCUCUGAAGGGACGUCCACAGAGGGAAUCUCUUUGAGGGGUUUAAACAAACUGUGACACAGCCCAGCAGGGUUUCCCAGAAUCGCAGGCCAUCCCUGAGCCUGGUCAUGGGUGGAUUGGGGACUGGGGGGGUCAGGGUUUCUCUGGGGUCAGGGCCAGCCUUGCUUCUGUGAUCCAGUCACUGUCUGAACCGCCCAGUUGUAGAAGUGACACCAGCAGGUGCUCCUUGUUGGUCUGUACUUCACAGCAAGAUGUCAAACUCAGUCCCGCAAAUGUUACUUUGUACCUUUCACUCUGACCCGGUGCAAUCACUAGUCAUAAACUUAGUUUGUAAUGAUUCGUUCCUAAGAAAAACAGGGAAAACAAAUUUGCCUUUUUGAAUACACAAUCUGUAUGGGUACUUAAUUUAGCAGUAAAAGUGUAAAUGUCUAAGGUAUCAGCAGGAAAUAUUUAGGUAACACAUGCAGGAGUUUGAGACCGAGUUUGACAGUGUUUAACCACACAGACACAUCCAGUUUCCAGGCCACUGAUGCAAAACCAUUUUUAAUCCAAAGAGUUGUAGUGAAAGAUGGGGAAACAGAUUUAUUAUUUUAUUUAAUAGCUGAAGGGCCCACCAGAAGUAAAGGAAUUGUUUCAGUCAUGUACUAUGUUCUGUAGUUCUGUUGUAAGCACUAGAAGUCCUGAAUGUCUAUCAGUGUUUUGUGUGUCAUUUAAUCAAUGUGUAAUGUUCUUUACAGAACACUUGUGCUUGGCUUACCAGAUGUUUUUGUACACAAAAGAAACCCCAUACGAAACCUGGAGAAAUAUCAGUGCAUCUCCCAGGAAUCUAGAGAAUGGAAAGGCUUGAUCCAGACAAUGGCACUUUUGGUUUGUAGAGGAGAAAAAACCUAAUCACUCACAGAUGAAAGCGUCCAAUGGUGCUGUAAUAUCACUGAGUGUAACCGAUGGUUAGCGAAGCUGCUGUUAUUUUCCCACAAACGCUCAUUCUAAGCAGACUGCUGUUUGCUCCCCGAAUCCAUUUUGAAAAUAAACUUGUGUUAAAGGCUG